CUCAAAGCAACGAUGUUACCGGACGAUCAAGUAGGGGCAACACGCCCUCUCCUGGAGAGAAUCAGCCCAGCGGGGGUGGGGUUGACCCCGAAGAAAUCCCUCCUAGAGAGACUCUCGCCGCCGAAGUUCUUCGCCAGUGCGAAGUCGUCGUCGAACAGUAGUACCGAACCGGUUCUCUUAAGAAGGUUCAGGCCGUUAUCGAGCUCCAGGAAGCUUGCGCGAGAUGACGAGCAGCGCUUCCGAGAUGCACUCGCAGCACAGCUACGAAUCAUCGACAGCAUCGACCGCGUGCGAGACGGUGGCGGAGCGCGCGGCUCCAGGCUGAACGGGCAAGCUCAGCCUCCUACAACAGAUGAACAUGAUGGACACGGAGACGGUAACGGCGCCAGCGAAGGACAACUCACCGGGAAACGCGUGCGCUCACCUGUCGCCGACUACAACGAUGACGACGGCGACGCUGGUGACACCCCUCGCAAGCGCAUCGACACCCGACUCUUCGCAUGGGCAGCCAGCAACGACGUCGAUCGCACGAUCCUCCCGCAUUCUGUUGUCGAAACGAAUCGACACCUUGAGAGUUUCUCUCGAGACCCUAAAGGCGCGAAGACUCACCUAUUCAACUCGUUCGGCCGUCCCCAGUUCCCCGCAGGGGAGUGGGGCAACCUCCUCAGUGGGAAUCCCGUCAAUUUUGACUGCGUCAGCUCGAGCAUCCACUCAGUCGCCAUCAACACACGAACGUUCCAGCGCCUCGGUGAGCUGGAGCUGUCCUUCGGACAUGCCACCCCCACCAAAACGGUUAAGGACCAUGGCGAGUGGGUCAUCGCCUGGAACGCCUUCCGCCGUGCUGCGGUUUUCGUCUUCCCACAUCUCGCGGAGGAGUUGGACGCGUACGCCCAGCACGUCCUUGCUUUCUUCCGCGCCUUCCCUUCGCACGGAGACUACCACCAGCGUGUCAUCAACUACGAUCGCGCGGUGCGCAUCCGCAUCGCCGAGCGUCGCGAUCUCCGCUACAUCGACUUCGCUGCCUUCACGGACCUCCAACUCAUGUGGAUCCACGCACUGAUCACUGUUGCAGCAGUCCCCGACUCGCCCAAACACAGCGACGGAAAGCGGGCUCGCCGCGGUGGAGGUGGCACAGAUGCGCGCAGGGAGCCGUGCAAUCGCUGGAAUGCCGGAACGUGCCCGAACUCGACCGCGUCUUGCAGAUAUGCGCACGUCUGCCGCCGCUGCAGAAGCAACCGGCACGUCGAGGAUUCCUGCGCAAAAGACAAUUUAUGA